GGCCCUCGAGCACCCGGAAGCGCUAGCGGGCCCCCCUGGUCGCGUGGCUGUGCGCUGCGGCGGUUGUUGAUAAAGUUGUGUGAAGGCGUGCCGGCCCCGGGUCACGUAAGCGGAACAUGGCGGCCCCGGCGGGCGGCGGGGGCUCCGCGGUGUCAGUGCUGGCCCCGAACGGGCGGCGCUACACGGUGAAAGUGACGCCGAGCACCGUGUUACUACAGGUUCUGGAGGACACAUGCCGGCGGCAGGACUUCAACCCCAGUGAAUACGACCUCAAGUUUCAGAGGACGGUGCUUGACCUCUCUCUCCAGUGGAGAUUCGCCAACCUGCCCAACAACGCCAAGCUAGAGAUGGUGCCAGUGUCCCGGAGCCGCGAGAAGCCUGAGAACAUGGUUCGGGUGGCUUUGCAGCUGGAUGACGGCUCCCGGUUGCAGGACACUUUCUGUUCGGGUCAGACCCUUUGGGAGAUCCUCAUCCAUUUUGCACAGACCAGGGAACGUCUGCAGCAGCUGGGCGAGGUGAUCCCUGCCUGCAUAUACAUGAGAGAUGAGGUAACAGGUGGGGCCGCCCUGCGGAACACAACCCUGCAGUCUCUUGGCCUCAUAGGGGGAAGUGCCACCAUCAGGUUUGUCAUGAAGCAGUGUGACCCAUCUGGCAAGCAGGAACCUGCGGCCAUCAGGAGCAAGACUCCAGGAAGCCCGACUUUCUACAUGUCAGGCAACCAAGCUACCAGCAGCCCUCAGCUCCCCUUGAAUUCUGGGGAGCUCAGCAGGGGAGACCUGAGCCAUCCAGAGGAUACAGAUACCUCAGGGACUGGCCUUGUGGGUGGCCCGAAGCCAGUGGCUGCUCAGGAGAAACAGAGUGUGAAGGAGCCCUCACCUACUCCCUUUGUUCCUUUCUCUGGUGGAGGACAGCGGCUGGGGGGCCCUUCUGGGUCCCUGAGGCCUCUGACAUCACCAUCAGCAAAGUCACCCAAGGUCUUCUCCAGCCAUGGAGGCCCCUCCAAGCCCAAGAAAUUGAAGCCUGGUGAGGAACCCCAGCAGGAGCCAGAGCCAGAGCUGCCUGUGGAUCGAGACCCUGUGGUGUGCCACCCCGACCUGGAGGACCUGCUCGAGGCCUGGCCAGCAGAGCUGCCAGAUGAGUUCUUUGAAGUGACUGUGGAUGACGUGAGGAGACGCCUGGCCCAGCUCAGGAGUGAGCGGAAGCGCCUGGAGGAAGCACCCCUAGUGACCCAGGCCUUCAGGGAGGCUCAGAUGAAGGAGAAGCUGCAGCGCUACCCAAAGGUGGCUCUGAGGAUCCUAUUUCCUGACCGAUACAUGCUGCAGGGUUUUUUUCGCCCCAGUGAGACAGUGGGGGAUUUGAGAGACUUUGUGCGGAGCCACCUGGGGAAUCCUGAGCUGUCCUUCUACCUCUUCAUCACUCCUCCCAAAACAGUCCUGGACGACCCAACGCUGACCCUCUUCCAGGCAAAUCUCUUCCCUGCAGCCCUUGUGCACUUUGGAGCAGAGGAACCAGCAGAUGUCUACCUGGAGCCUGGGCUGCUGGGACGCACCAUCUCCCCAUCGGCAGCCGACAUGCUGGUAGCUAGGUGCAUGCCCAGGGCUACCAGGUCCCCACCACCACAGCUCGACUCUGACCCUGUGCCACUUGAGUCCAAGCCAACUGCUGAGGAAGGGUCAGUGAGCUCCCCUGAGACCAUCCCAGGGUCUGGCCAGCUUGUGAAGAGGAGCUUGGACAAGGUGCCCAAGUGGCUCAAGCUGCCAGCCAGCAAGAGGUGAAAGCUGCUGGCCCAGAGGUGCUGUCUGCCGGCUAUAGGACCUCACCCCAACCUAGAACAGGAAUAAAGACACACUCAAGUCUUU